AUGUCUCCAAGAAUCACUGCCUACCUCCGCGAUCAUUGCCCUGUGUGUGCCUCAGAUAUGUCUCAGCCCAAAUCCCUCAUCAAUCAUUUGAAGACCCAGCAUCAGAUGGUAUUGCCAGCUAGAAAAGCAGGUCAAAAUAGACCCAGGGAUCCUGCAUAUGAAUUUAGCAAGGACCAGGCCGAUUGUCAAGUGGAGCGCCUUGCUUGUCCCUCCUGUUGGAAGCACUUUUCUGAACCUCAUGAGUUGGAGCACCAUUUUCAAGUACAUCUCAACAACCAAGACGACAGUAACAUGAGUGAAGCCAGUCAGUAUCCAGAUGAAUACGAAGAAUACGAUGAAGAGGCCGCUAUUAGCAGCAAUGGUAGUAAAGGUUCAAAGGAGGAUGAGAAGGAUGCACAGUACUUGGAGAAAAGCAAUGAGCUGUUCAGCACGUUAGAUGAAUUGAUUGCUGGCUUCAAGAAGUUGCUUCCCUAUGAUUAUACAAACGAAAAGAAGAGUAACAAAUAG